AUGCCACCAACCCGCAAGACUCACCACAAAAGUCGAAAUGGCUGUAAUCAAUGCAAGAAACGACACGUCAAGUGUGAUGAAGUCCAGCCAACUUGUGGAAACUGUGUGAAACGAGAUGCUGCCUGCAGUUUCUCUACGGACGAUCAAAGUCCCUCCACCGGCCAUGAGGAUCGAGAAUCUCCAACGAGUACCCUCGAAUCUCAACAAAAGAUUCUCUCUCGGACAGAGGAAAUGGACUUGUUACACUUUUACACAACGACUACCAUCAAAACCGUCUGUCACGAUCCCAAAGACUGGCAUAUGUACGAACAUGGAAUACCUCAAUUGGCCUUUCAGAACGAAUAUCUGCUCGACAUUCUUUUAGCGCUGGCUUGUCUUCAUCGCGCAAAGAUACAUACGCUGAAUCAAAAGUUCUGGGUCAGAUGUGCGAUUGAGUAUCACAAUCGUGCGUUGCCGAUAUUCUUCAAAGUCCUCAGCGAUGUCAACGAUGAGACCUGUCACGCCGCGUUUGCAUUCUCUUUCAUCACCACUUUGGUGGAAAUCGCGAUGCCGCGUCCAGACUACGACCCUAUAGAGCAACUCGCGGGCCUUCGCAACUACUUCAGAGGAACGGCAAUGCUCUACAUAACCAUGAUAGAGCCCCUCAAAUACGGCGCCAUGAACCCGUUCUUCAAACCCAAGACUAUCAAAUGGGAGUACGACCCGGAGAUAAGAAAAUCCUACCACGACAGAAUCACGACACUAUACGAUCUCGUUGCUGGUAGCCCUGAUAAGAAGAUCUACAUCGAGACUAUCGAUCUUCUCCUCCGACUCUUUUAUGAUUCUCCGUUCGCCAUCAUAGCAUUUUCGUUACUCGUCGGUCCGGACUUCUUUCAGCUAGUCUGCCAACGGGAGCCUUUAGCUGUGUUGAUCUAUAUUUAUUGCGGUGUGCUUUUCAGCAACGUCAAUGAAUGG